UGCACCUUCCACGAACUAUUGACUCUUCCGUCCAUGGCGCAUACACAGACUACUCCGAAGGAUGGGAGCAAAGCGCAUACAAAGAACUCGAUGUUUUCCUUGAUCCAUACGAUUGGGCUCAGCGACUCGACGAAUCCUGCGGCGGAGGUCUCGGAAGAAGCAGCAGAUGGCAAUGAAAUGGAAACCAAUAUGAAAGACCCGGCACUGAUGCAGAUCUUGGACAAGUGGUGGGCAAGUUGUCUCGUGCUUCUGGACUCGGAUGGCAACGGAACCCUCGAGAGAAACGAGUACGUCAACUUGUACAAGCGCCUGAUUUACGGCACGUCGUGCAUCUACGGCGAGAAAGCAGUGCUAGAUCAGCACAUUGACGACCUCAUUGAGGAGGAUUGGAAGCGAGACAGCGGGGGCCUUCUUUCAAUGGACAAGACGCGUCUGUGCGUUUCCAUUUACGAGUUGGCCGAGACAUGGGCCAAAGGCGAAGCGGUGCAGACGUUUGUGGACUUUCUCACAGAGUUGCACGAGCAUGUGUUUGUGUCAUACAAAGAAGAGUACCUCUCCCAACGAAAACCAUCCAAGAAGACACCCGUGCUUUCCAAGGCCAAAUCGACGAUCAAACCCAAAACGCCCGAGCCCGUGAAACCAACCCCCGCUACCGCAGUCCGAAAUUCAAAGCCCCGAAAAACCAAGGCCAAGAUACCAUCAAUCACGUCAGUGGAGACCGCAAGUCUUGAAGCCCCCCCGAUUACGCAAUCACCAGCGCUAAUAUCGUCGUUCUCACCUGUGGAGCCACCACCACCCACUAUUGACCAACCGCCUUCUCCAGAGAAAGCACCGCAAGAAGGGGACGACAUGGCUUACUAUUCGUUUGAAGCUCGGUUCCAACUGCAGGAGCGGAUCGAGGCGUGUCAGCGGCAACUCCAGCCCAUCGGCCACAUCGCUGAGAUCGCAUGGCUGAGGUGUACAGUGCGCGAAGAGCAGCUACAUGCCCAAGCUACGAGUCAUCAACAACCACCACUGCCGCAGCACCAUCCAUCCCUCGCGCCGUAUCGAGUCACGGCAGCCGCCAUCACAGCCAUGGGCGAACACGUGUGCAUCAAACUGCAAAAAUGCUUGCUCCAUGCCGAGAAGAGCCGCGUGGACGACUUGAUCCUGCUCGUGGAAGACGUCGAGCGCGAUGUUCAGUCGUUCAUCGACGCCGUCACAGACGUGGCCACGUCCUCAUGCACGUCGUCGCAUGCCACGACCAAGCAGCAACAGACUCGACGACAUCCCACCAAGAACCCGCCCACGCACCCAAACCACCACGACCUGUGCUUUGGCAAUCGCAACGUGAGCUUCGACUUGCCGUCCAUGAAGACGUACGCGCAGCAGGUCGCGCCAUCAUACGCCGCGUACAAACAAGAAAAAAAAAACACCAGAUAAAUAUAUAUUGUUCAUUCGAUACUUCUCAACCGAUCCCGCAGCGCUUGCCACGCUUGGCGCGCCUCGGUCGACAACUCGUACAAAUCGGCGCAACUCUGGGCCACACUCUUGGCCACAAACUGCGACCGGUGCGGUUCCAGCUGCUUCAACUGGCUCGCCACACUGGCCCGCUGCGCCUCCAACCGGGUCGAUUCGUCCCGCAGUCGGUCCCCCAGCGUUUGUUUUGCACUCGCGUCCAGCUCUGGACCCACAGCCGCAUCCUCUUGUAGCUGCGCCACCAGCGCCUCCUUGGCCGCCACGCGCACAAAUGCGGCUUCGAUCGCGCCCAAGUGCAGCACGUGCAUGCGAAGGGUCUCUUGGACGGCGUGCUCGGCCACGUCGGGCAUCCCGCGCAGGGCGGCCCCAAACCGCAUCAUUUCCGCCGCCAUGCCCGACUGCCGGCCGUCCAACUGGGCCAUGUGGUCGAUGCCUUGACCGAGGAUACUCCAGUCGCGGCCCUGCUUUCGCUCCAACUUGAGCACCACGCCGCCCUUGUCUGACGCUGAUUGGUACAGCACGCACCUGUAAACAAUACAUUAUAUAAUUGCAGUCCGAAAAGCAUGAAACCACGUACAAUUGCUGGUAGGAUUUCCGCCGGAGAUGCAUCCACGCUUGCUCGCUGUCGACGGGCGUGUCGUCCACCGUGUGGAGGCCGGCUUUGGUCGCCAGUUUCGAUGUGAGUUUGGACAUGGCGCCCCAUGCCCACUGCGACGACGUGGUCGCCGGUGCCAACCACGACGACGACGACGAAGACAAGGACGAUCUCCUGGAGAGCGACGGCAGCGGAACAGCAACGUCGGCGACGGGUUUUUCCGUCUUGGCUUUGAACUUCUCGAGCUCUUCCGUCGACAAGAGCAGGAACGACCUCGUCGCUUCGCUGCGACUCAAGUCUGGACUGCGCAACACUUCGCGUAGAAACGCCUAUAUAAAAAAUAUCAAACAAUAUAUUGGACA